UUGGCAGAACUUCAAAAGAGAUAUAUAUCUUUUAUUGAAAAGCGUGAACAAGAAUCUUCUACUGAAUUUACAGUGGAUCUUUAUUAUGUGGAUUGUGUGAAACGUAUGUACGGAAUGUGUUGUAAGGAAUAUCAAAUUGUCCAGCAACGCGCAGAAUUAACUCGUGCAUGUGAAUUUGUUUGCCUUAUUCCCUAUACAUACUGGGUGAAGUGGGCCAAAUUAUAUUGCAGGGCCCAAUGGAUAUGGAAUCAACUCAAAAUGGAUGGCUGUGAUGAUGUUGCAGAUGAGCUCAAUGGUACAAUGGGAACG